AUGGCCGCAAUCGAGUCUCCAAUACCGCCCUAUUCCACGCCCAACGGCGUCGCACACGUUAACGGGAAUGGAAAUGGCAACGGGAUCCUUCAUGAUGGCUUGUCAGACGGUCCUGCUUCCACGUUUGACCCCGCUGUCCUCCGGACGUACAUGCUUGCCCUGUUACCAGCCAUGAUUGGUGCAUCCCCAGUAGAGCUCGAGUCGCUGUUCGAUGACGAGUUCGACGAGCGCGUUCACCGGUUUGCCGGCGAGGGGGGCGGUGUGAUAUACGUCGUGAAGAAGAAAGACGAGGCCGAAGAGGACGCCCCGCCGACCUACACAUACAAGCUAACGCUGCAGAUGACUUACGACUCGACUCAUGUUAUGACUAUUGCUAUCAUCAAGCGGGGCCCCAUCCUGGAUGCCACAGCGUCGCUUUCAACUCAGUUGCAUGUUCUGAACCUUUUCGGUGGAGAAGAUACGCCGUAUGAGAGCUUGCACUCCGUAGUUAGCUACGCGGUGAAGCCCUGGUUCGAGGCCUUUGUUGGUGCUCGACAUGGAGGGAAAGACGGCGGAGACUCCAAGAUGGGUAUCCCGAUGACCAAGAAGAAGUUCGCGGAACUGGAGCUAUCUCUACUUCAUUUGCAGCAGAACGUCGAGAUUCCCGAAACACACCUCGUCAUCCAUCCUAUCAUCCAAAGGACCGUCGAGCAGGCUCGAGCGGACGGCCGGCGACCGAGCAUUUCCGACAUUCCGUCAAAACUACUGAACGACAGCACUUUCCUCAACACGCUUCACUCGCACGUAAACCAGUGGAUCAAGUCUAUUCAGACCGUGACGAAGCUGUCACGAGAUGUCUCGUCUGGUACCGCCUCCCAGGAGAUCAAUUUCUGGCUCAGUCUAGAGAGGGCUCUCGAGGGCAUCGAGAAUCAGCUCCGGAGUGAGGAGGUCAACAUAGUGAUGGAGUGUCUGCGUAACGCCAAACGGUUCCAUGCAACGGUCAGUUUCAUGACGGACACAGGCUUGAAGACGCAACGGACACCGGAUUUCCCGUUGAACGAACUGCUGUCCGCCACUGACCUAGACAAGAUCAACGAAGCUCUCAUCAUGAUCUUCGGCCACAUCAACCGCAAGCUGAAGCUUCUCACCUCGCACCGUCUGCUGUACAUGCCCUACGAGACGUUCGAACGCCUGCUCUCGCAGACCAUGGAGAUCUUCCGGACAUGGGACGACAACAUCAAGGAAUUCACCAACGUCGCCCGUGAAGUCACCCGGAAACGGAUGGAGCGGUUCAUUCCCAUCAAAGUCGUCCCUGCCCACGCGAAGCUGCAGGACCGCUGCCGGUACCUCAGAGACUGGCGCAAGCAGCACGAGCAGCUUGCCGUCAUGACCGGCCCCACGAAGGGCCUGGGAGGUGUCGGUAUGGAGAUUGGCGGAGUGGAUAUGGAGGCGGAAGUCAAGGAGGCGUACGAGGUCAUGAAGCGGAUUGAUGUCCUCGAUGUCUCUGUCGGGAGCGAGAUAUGGGUGGCAGCGGAGAACGCGUACAACGAGCGGACCGCGCGGAAUGCCAAUGAGAUGUUCCGUGUCUUCUCAAAGUUCAACGCAUUGUUCGUGCGGCCGAAGAUCCGUGGUGCCAUUCAAGAGUACCAGACACAGCUGAUCGACUCGUACGCGCCUACUUAUACACAUAUCGUUUCUCAGAAGCUACACAUGUCGCAGAUGCGCGACCUGCCACCAAUAUCCGGCGCAUUAUCUGGGCCGCCAAUUGAUCGACAACUGCAGACUCUUGGGCAAGGGCUGGGAGCUUCGGAAAGUGCAGCAUUCCGCAAGAAGCUGGACACCCGGCCUGUCUAUGACGCUUGGAUGCACGACAUCAACCGACGGGACAUGGGAGUCAACGGCCGGUUGUUCGAGAUCGUCCGGUUACUCAACUUCGACCCGCAGAUCAUCACGCUGUUCAAGGAAGUCAGGAAUCUGUUGUGGCAGAACUUCCAGGUACCUCACGCGAUACAAACAUGGCCAAGGAUGCGAACGCGUACAGUUCGGACGUACGGGCAGACCCUCGACCUCUGGCUCGUUGCUGAAUAUCGGAAUGAAGCCCAGCGGAUGGUCACACGGGGCAUGAACAUUCGCUGGGAUCACUUUGUCAAUCAGUACGACACGGCGCGGUAUGUUCGAGUCGGACGCUCAGACAACCGACACAUCCAAUUUGUCCGAGAAUUCGCUAGUGUUGUGUCAUCUUGCAGCCCACAGGACAAGACAAACAAUGUCAUCGAUCUGUACAAAGAUAUAACGCGAGCCGUGGAAGAGCUUUCGACUGCCUUACACGACCGAAGCUUUACUGCGAUCGACCGACUCAAUCUCGAGGGAUAUGCCAACCUCGAGCACUGGGUGGCUGAGCUCGAUCAACGCAUUGAGGGAAUCCUAUUGCAGCGUUUGGUCCAAACGAUUCAACUCUGGUGCUCAGAGUUCGACAGGAACGAAGAGGCGGAUGGACGUCGUGAACCCUUGGUAUUGAGGGACAUCACGAACAAGCGUCGUGGGGACAAGCGCGUGAAAGAAGAGAAGCCUGUCGAGGGAAUCCUGACCCUGAAGCCGAUUGUGCAUGAAAUCCGAAUCCAAAACCAACUCAUCUUCUUGGAUCCACCGAUCGAACACGCGCGGCAGAACUGGACCCGGCAAUUGCAUGACUGGCUAGGCGUCGUGUGUCGUCUUCGGAGAAUUCAAAGCUCUCGGUACGAGAUUGGAUUGCAAAUGCAGGGACACACAACAACAGAAGCAACAUACACAUCUCUGUUGACGCACUUCACCGAUGCAACCUUGGAGAGACCGUUCCUGCUCAUCGAGCAGAAAGUUCAGCAACUGAGGGAGUACGUCGCGAAAUGGCUGCAGUUCCAGUCGCUAUGGGACCUCGAAGCCGAAUACGUCUUCUCGCGACUCGGGGACUCGCUCGCGAACUGGCAGCAGCUGCUGACGGAGAUCAAGAAGGCGCGGUCUACCUUCGACACAUCAGAGACGCAGAAGUCGUUCGGCGUGUGCGUAAUCGACUACGAGCAGGUGCAGGCGCGGGUGAACGCCAAGUACGACGCGUGGCAGCGGGACAUCCUCAGCCGGUUCGGUGUUAAGUUGGGCAAUGCGAUGAAGGAUAUGCAUGCAACGAUCUUGAAGGCGCGGAACGACCUCGAGCACCAAUCGAUAGAAGGCCUGGUGGGGGCCCCGCGGAGGUUCUAG